UAUUGAGGACUGAGAUAAGAAGGCUGCAUGAAAAGACAGCUGCCGGGUAGGCUGAGAACUCCUGAGGGAGUUUCUCAGCAGCAGAUUGGUAGGAAGCUGCACAAGGAGCUUGCCUUCCCCUGAGAGAGUACUGGCAGAGGUAGUCCUGGGAAAGGACUGUGGACAGGUGGAGAUAGAAAGCAGCCCAGGAAAGCAGCAAGGAAUUGUAAGGAGCAGGUUUUAGUUUCUUAAACACAGAAUCCCUGGAUUCUGCCAGAAGAGAAGGCAGGUGUGUGUUCUCCUACCCACCUGAGAAAAAGAGAUAUGAAAGCAUCUCUGAGGAAAAGGGGGCAAGGACUAUAAAACUUAGCUUGGGACUGAUGACCUGAUAUAGGGUCACUGGGCUUUUGCCCUGUGGGAUUAUUCUUUAUUACCUGAGGAGGGGUGAGAUUAUAAAUGACCUGGCUGGUGUUGUGAGAAGAAGCAGACUGUCACAGGGACAGACUGCUGGCUGGUGGGGAAACUGAGGUGGAGUCACUGCAAUACCAUGCCUGGCCAUGAGAGGACAUGUUGGCAGCAAGCUGCAAGUUUUGGAUAGCUAAAAGCAGAAGAAGGAAGUGUCUUACUGAAUUAACUGAAAGGAACAAGAACUGAGGUGCAUAGCAAAGAAGUUCUCGAGGACAACCCCACCCAACACUCAAGGCAGAAGGCUGAGGAAUUGCAUAGCAUGAUGGUGCCUCCUAUAACAGGAAGUCCGAAGACCUCACACUUGAUUGAGUUAGUUUCAGAGAUGAGCCAAACUGGCAGCUUCAACAACACGUCAGACUCGGACAAUGACACUGUUGAUGACUUCAAGUAUGCUGUUUAUCCCACAAUAUAUCUCACAAUAUUUGCCUUGGGUGCCUUUGGAAAUGGCCUUUCCGUAUAUGUUUUCCUGAAGCUUUACAGGAAAAAGAUUUCAGUGAAUGUUUUCAUGCUGAACUUGGCUAUUUCAGACCUCCUGUUUGUUUGGACUUUACCCUUCCGGGCCACCUACUACCUGAUGAACUCUGAUUGGGUAUUUGGGGAUAUAUUUUGCAGGAUUGUGUCUUUCAGCUUGUAUGUCAAUAUGUACUGCAGCAUUUAUUUUCUAACUGCGCUGAGCAUUGUUCGUUUUGUGGCUAUUGUUCAUCCUUUCAAACAUUUGAAACUAACCGCCGUCAAGUAUCCUAGAAUCAUAUGUGCGGUGAUAUGGGGUUUUGUGAUGACAGCUAGCAGCGUGCUGCUGUUCAGUGAAAACACCAGCAAGAAGUACCCAAGAAGGUGCCUAGAUCUCCAAAGAGAAAGCAUUCAGAAACUGCUCACGAUGAACUAUGUUGUCCUGGUAGUGGGCUUCAUCCUCCCGUUUUGCACAAUAAUUUGCUGCUAUGUGCUUGUGAUCAAAGCUUUGCUUAAGCCCAGGGCUCCAAAAGCAAAGAUAAGAGCCUCUCAUAAGAAGGCAGUGUCAACGACCGUCAUCACUUUAUUCGUGUUUCUGCUUUGUUUCCUGCCAUAUCACAUACUAAGAACUGUCUACUUGGUGAAAAGCGAUAAGGACAACUUGAGCAAGUUGCUGACUAAAGGAGCGGUCAUCGCUCAUUGCCUCGCUGCAGUGAAUAGUUGCCUAGAUCCUGUACUCUAUUACUUUGCUGGAGAAAACUUCAAAGAGAGACUCAAAAGUAUAUAUAAAAGGUAGCGGAUGAAGAAUCAAAUGGACAUUCCUUAUUGGGAGUAUUUUCUCGUGAUCAAACCCCAGGACUGGAGGUGGAAAGAUCAUGGGUCUUUUAAUCUAUGCCACUGACUUGCCAUGUGACCUGGGGUGAAUUACGUAACUCUGUGCCUCUAUUUCCCUAUCUGUAAAGUGGGGCUAUUCAGAGAGAAUAGUAUCUCAGAACACCUUGUGAAUUUUCUUCACAAACGGUUGUAAAGGGGUCCAAGAUCCCACCCUGAGAUCAUGCCUAUUUCUCUUCCACCUAGUAAAAACCAGCCAAACAGAGGCUUUUGUCCUUAAAAAGCCCUCUACUCCAGAGGACUUCAUUUAUUGGUAACACAAACUGACAAAAUAAACCUUUAAUUUUGGGAAACA